GAGUGCGUUUUCCUCUUAGGCGGCGCCAUUUUGUGCUCAGAACCGCUACAGCCGCCGGCGGUGAGGGCGCUAAACCGCGAUAGCGAGGAUGGCGGAACCUCUGGCAGGGUCGGGUGACUCGGGCUCUGGCACGGUUGCUCUGGGUUCGGGCCCCUCGGAGACUGGGACGCGGCGGCUCAGUGAGUUGCGAGUGAUCGACCUGCGGGCGGAGCUGAAGAAGCGGAAUUUGGACACCGGUGGCAACAAGAGUGUCCUGAUGGAGCGGCUCAAGAAGGCGGUUAAGGAAGAAGGGCAAGAUCCGGAUGAAAUUGGCAUUGAGUUGGAAACCACUAGCAAGAAGACAGCAAAGAGAUGUGCUAAAGGGCAAAAGAUGGAGGAUGAAGGCACAGAAGACAACGGCCUGGAAGAAGAUUCUCGAGACGGGCAGGAGGAUGUGGACGUGAGCCUGGAGAACCUGCAGGGCAUGGGCGUGGUGGGCAUGAGCGUGUUAGACGAGGCUGAGGACAGCAGUGCUCCGGACUUCGGGGAGGACGGCGGCGGUGACGACAGCAUUCUCGGUCCCUUGUGUGACAGUAAAGAGUACGUGGCUGCACAGCUGGGACAGCUUCCAGCUCGGCUCUCGGAACACGCUGUGGAUGGGGAAGACUUUGAGAACCCUUUGGAAGCUUCAUCACUGAACUCCAAAGUAACUCCGGAUAUUGAAGAACCUCUCUUGGAGCCAGAAAAUGAGAAAAUACUCGACAUUUUGGGGGAAACUUGUAAAUCUGAGCCAGUAAAAGAAGAAGGUUCCGAGCUGGAGCAGCCAUUUGCACAGGAUACAAGUAGCGUGGGGCCAGACAGGAAGCUGGCGGAGGAAGAGGACCUUUUUGGCAGCGCCCACCCGGAAGAGGAAGAGGAGGAAGAGCAGGAGGAAGAGGAAGAAGAGGAGGAGGAGGAGGGAGAUUUAGAUUUGGCCAGCGAGUCAACGCGCGCUCAGUGGAGCGAGGCAGACACCCUGUUAGCGGUAGUGAAAAGGGAGCCCGUGGAGCAGACAGGCGAAGGCGCGAGGACGGACUGUGAGCCUGUAGGGCUAGAGAAGCCAGUUGAGCAGAGUAGCGCGGCCUCCGAGCUGCCGGAGGCCUCUAGCCAGGAGCUGGCAGAAGCGCCCACGGAAGCCCCGAGCCCGGAGCCCCGAGAUAGCAAGGAAGACGUGAAGAAGUUUGAGUUUGACGCUUGUAAUGAAGUCCCUCCGGCUCCUAAAGAGUCCUCAACCAGUGAGGGCGCUGAUCAGAAAAUGAGCUCCUUUAAGGAAGAAAAAGAUAUAAAGCCAGUCAUUAAAGAUGAAAAAGGCCGUGUCAGCAGCAGCUCUGGGCGGAACCUGUGGGUCAGCGGACUGUCUUCUACCACGCGUGCCACCGACCUCAAGAACCUGUUCAGCAAAUACGGGAAGGUUGUCGGGGCCAAAGUGGUGACCAAUGCCCGCAGUCCUGGGGCCCGGUGCUAUGGGUUUGUCACCAUGUCGACAUCUGAGGAGGCGACCAAGUGCAUCAGCCACCUGCACAGAACUGAGCUGCAUGGAAGGAUGAUCUCGGUGGAGAAGGCCAAAAACGAACCUGCUGGGAAGAAACUGUUGGACAGAAAAGAGUGUGAGGUGAAGAAGGAAAAGUUAUCCAGUGCUGACAGACAUCACCCUGUGGAGGUCAAAAUUGAAAAAACUGUAAUCAAGAAGGAAGAGAAGACUGAAAAAAAGGAGGAGAAGAGGCCGGAAGAUAUUAAAAUGGAAGAAAAAGACCAAGACGAGCUGAAACCAGGGCCUGCAAACCGGUCCAGAGUCACUAAGUCAGGAAGCAGAGGGACAGAGCGGACGGUGGUGAUGGACAAGUCCAAGGGUGAGCCCGUCAUCAGUGUCAAGACCACCAGCAGGUCCAAGGAGAGGAGCUCCAAGAGCCAGGAUCGCAAAUCGGAAAGCAAGGAGAAGAGAGACAUCUUGUCAUUUGACAAAAUCAAAGAGCAGAGGGAGCGAGAGCGGCAGCGGCAGCGGGAGCGGGAGAUCCGGGAGACAGAGCGGCGGCGGGAGCGCGAGCAGCGGGAGCGGGAGCAGCGCCUGGAGGCCUUCCAUGAACGCAAGGAGAAGGCGCGGCUGCAGCGGGAGCGGGUGCAGCUCGAGUGCCAGCGGCAGCGGCUGGAGCGCGAGCGGCUAGAGCGGGAGCGGCUGGAGCGAGAGCGCAUGCGUGUGGAGCGAGAGCGCAGGAAGGAGCAGGAGCGCAUCCACCGGGAGCGCGAGGAGCUGCGGCGCCAGCAGGAGCAGCUGCGCUAUGAGCAGGAGCGGCGGCCUGCACUGAGGCGGCCCUACGACCUGGACAGGCGAGACGACGCUUACUGGCCGGAAGGAAAGCGAGUGGCCCUGGAGGACAGGUACCGCGCUGACUUCCCCCGGCCUGAUCACCGCUUCCACGACUUUGACCACCGAGACCGGGGCCAGUACCAGGACCACAGUGCCGACAGGCUGCUCAUUCUGGGGCUUCGCUGUGAGCAGGAACAAGUGUCCCAUCUGGGACCCUGGUGUGGCCUGCAGGAGCGUCGGAGCCGCGGCUGUGGCUCCAGUGAGCUCUGUUCCUUUUGCAGGAGGGAAGGGUCCAGGCCAGGAAUGGGCGAGCGGGACGGGCAGCACUACUCUGAUGACCGCCACGGCCACGGCCACGGCGGCCCCCCUGAGCACCACAGCCGGGACUCCCGCGAUGGCUGGGGAGGCUAUGCUUCCGACAAGAGGCUGAGUGAAGGCCGAGGGCUGCCCCCACCCCCCAGGGGUGGCCGGGACUGGGCGGAGCACAACCCGCGGCUGGAGGAGCACCCCGUCCGUGCCUGGCAGGGCACCGUGGACGCGGGCGCGGUGGGCCGGGAGCACUCGCGCUGGCCAGGUACGGUGGCCUGCGGAGGCCGCGCCCCGGGCAGGGGACUGGGCAGGGCUUUGCAAGCCGCUUCUCUUGCAGGUGCCGAGCGGGGCCUAUCUGGGCCCUCGGGGCCAGGGCACGCAGCGAGUCGGGGCGGCCUGGCGGGGCGCGGCGGCUUCGCACAGGGCGCACACUCCCAGGGUCACGCGGUGCCGGGCGGCAGCCUGGAGGGCGGCGGAGUGACCAGCCAGGACCGCGGCAGCAGGGUCCCGCACCCCUACCCGCACUUCACCCGCCGCUACUAGAGCGCUGCGCCUGUAGGGGGCGCGCGUAAGCCUGCGCUGGACCGGCCGGGCCCAGCGCCCCCGGCCUGGCCGAACCAAACCGAGGCGCCCCGCGGGGACGCAAGCCGCUCUGCUGCCGGGCUGCAGCUCGGUGCAAUGUGAACUCUUUUUUUAAUAAAUGUGUUCUUGUUCUGCCGUUUCUAAGACAA